CUCCAUCGCGCAUGAUGCUGUUAGCAUCGGCAUGAUGAGCCCUGGGAAGAGGUCCCUACGACUCCCAUGAUCCGCGGCAACCGAGAGAAGACACGACAGCAGCAUCUCCGACCAUUCUGUACCGAUUCCGGUCUUCUUUAAAGUUCAUCCGAAAAGUAACUUAGAAAAGUCUAGAUGUGCUCAUCGAAGAAGAUGGAAAUUUUAGGGGGUGAAACCGUGCUUCAUCGUUUUCUUUUUCCUCUCAAAGCCAAUGAAUGAUUCGAGUUCGAGUUCGAAGCCAUCAGGUCGAUCAUGCAAGAAAAAAACCAGAUGGAUAAACACCGAUGUUUUCUUUGUCCUCUUGAACAUGCGCACAUCGGAGUGGUGGAGGCAGAAAAGCAAGAACAGCAUCAACGAUUGUUAGCGUUGCAAGCUAUUAUAGCUUCAUGUGGUCUGUCAAUCUCAGAUAAUGGUUUCCGGAAGCUCACAGCCAUUAAAGCAACACCAAACCAAAGGCACAAGCUUGGCUUCUCUGUGUGCAUCUGCAGGAGAUACAGAAACAAGGUUCGCAGAAUACAAAGCGUUCUGCAGACAGCAUCUCAUCCUCCAUGCCAUGUCCGAGACGCCUACUCGAUGAGAGGUCAAGUGUUGUCUACAGGAGUUUCUUCUGCUAUGAGUACCGAACGAUUUCCUCCGCUACGUGUGGAGCAAGAAAGGGUAGAUCAAAGUGAAAAUUUAACCUUGGAGAGCAUCCGACACUCUCUAAUGAGGCAAGAUGAUGCAAUUAUAUUUAACCUUUUAGAGAGAGCACAGUACUGUUACAAUGCUGACAACACAUGUCAUCAAAAUGCAUUCCACAUGGAUGGAUUCCAUGGCUCGUUGGUUGAAUUUAUGGCUAAAGAAACCGAAAAAGUACAUGCACAGGUUGGUAGGUACAAGGGCCCAGAUGAGCAUCCUUUCUUUCCAGAUAGCCUGCCUGAGCCCAUGUUGCCACCUAUGGAAUAUCCAAAGGUUCUUCAUCCUGUUGCUAAUUCCAUCAAUAUAAACAAGAAGAUAUGGGAAAUGUAUUUUUGUAAUCUACUUCCAAGAUUGGCUAAAGAGGGAAGUGAUCGUAAUUGUGGUUCAAGUGCUGUUUGCGAUACAAUCUGUUUACAGGCUCUCUCAAAAAGAAUCCAUUAUGGGAAGUUUGUCGCUGAGGCAAAAUUUCUGGAGUCACCUGAUGUCUACAAGCAUGCAAUAAGGGCACAAGACAGUGAUCAGCUAAUGCGUCUUCUAACAUAUGAAUCAGUGGAAACUUUAAUCAAACAGAGGGUAGAGGCCAAGGCUAAGAUCUUUGUGCAGGAGGUGACAGUUAGCGAGAAGGACGUAGGACCUCCUGUGUUCAAAAUAAAGCCUAGUUUAUUUGCUGAGCUCUAUGGCGAUUGGAUCAUGCCAUUGACAAAGGAAGUACAAUUAAUGUAUUUGCUACGUAGGUUGGAUUGAAUUCUGUGCCCCGCUAACAUAUCUGUCAGAGUAUGCCAUGGAAUGAAGGCUCAAAGUGAAGUACUGCUUGCAAAGAGGUGUUGAGAGGAGCCUUUUGUAGAAUUUUUAGAAGUCAUUUGAUCUUCUUUUCUUUUACUUGAUAUUCAGAGGAAAAUUAAUUCUUGUAUGACCAUAUGUUAAAGCAUUGCUUCAAAAUUAUUUAGAUGCAAAUCGAAAGUUCUCAAUAUGUAGUGUCCUUUUCUUGUCCAUAUUUGUAUUCUUGACACUAUGGUUUCACACUGUUGGCUUGGCCAUGCUAUUGCAAUGUAGUAAUUUGCCUUGCUUGUCCUGAAUCAAAAAUGGAGGAUAAGUUUACUA